AUGGGAUCAGAUUAUAAUCGUUUAAGAGAUGAUGACGAGUUGAACGACAACUUAAUAGUCUUUUAUAUGAGGUAUUGCCUGGAAAAACUUCGUAAAAAUGACGAAAAUGAUGCAAAAAGAUAUUAUCUUUUCGAUUCAUUCUUUUAUCAGAAAUUAUCUGAUAUGAACUAUAAUUUCAGCAGAAAUAAAAGCAAGGUUUAUGAAACAAUGUCAAGGUGGAUCAAAGUCGACCUCCUUGAAUUUCAUUAUGUUUUUUUUCCAAUUUGCGAAGAUCAGCAUUGGUAUCUAGUACAAAUUAUCAACCCAGCUGCGAUUAUUAGCAAUCCAAUUGAUUGUCAUAUAGCGAUUUAUGAUUCUAUCGCACCAAAAUUUAAACACAGACGUGCUGUGAGCAUACUUAAAAGCCUGUUAAUUGACUAUGUACAAGAUGUUAGAGGUGAAACAAUUAAUCCAAGAGUAAGAAUUUCCUACUCAAUCGUGAAUACACCAAAACAGUUAAACACAGUCGAUUGUGGAGUUUAUAUUCUACACUUUAUAGAAACAUUCAUGGAGAAUUCUAGUGAACUCGAACAAAAAAUUAUUGACAAAGAAACUGAUGAAGAUCAAUGGGAUCCUGCCGCUUUACCUACAAAACGUCAAGCAAUUCUAGAAAUAAUAGAGAAUAUAGAAGCCGAAUAUAAAACGUAA